ACAUUUUUAUAUAAUAAAAAAAAUAUAAAUAAAAUAAAAUGGAUCAAAUUUUAGAAGGAAAAAUCCUUCAAGAAAUAAAAAAUACGACUUAUUUUAGAUUACUAAACAACACUAGAACUAAAAUAAAUGAAGGAACUUUAUAAAUAUGUAUUCUUCCUGACAAUGAUCUUACAUACCUAAAAUUAGACGAUUUUUAUUAUACUUUACAAAAACAAAUAAAAUGUAUAUCCUUUUAAUUCCAAAAUUACAAAACCUAUAUUUUCCCUCAUACAAAAGAUGGAUUUAAUGCUCUAUGUAUUUUCUAAAAUGAAUUAGUAAUUUAGCAAUUAGAAAUAAUUCUUUAAAAUACUGUCACAUUUAUCGAAAAAGUAGAUUUGCAUAUACUAGAUGAACAAGAUAAAAACUUAAUAAAUACCCAUUGUGUUGAUAUAUUUGAUAACCCUUUAAUGACUGAAGACAAAACUAUUUAUUAUAUCAAAAAAGGAGGUGAAGUUUUAAAAGAUGCAUUUUAAUGGGUAGGAUCUAUUACAUCUAAAGGAGUAAAUAUCGCUGGAAACUAUUUGAACGAAAAAAUUUCUAAAAAUAAAGUCGAAGUCUCAUAAGAAACUUAACAAAAAUACAUUCAAAUAAAAAACACGGCGUAAUAAACAUUUAAAGUUACAGGAGAAUUUUUAUAAAGUAUGUUAAAUCCAGUAGUAUAAGCAACAAAUUAAUAAUUAGAUAAAAUUAAUAAAAAUAUUGAUAAUAGUGAUAAUCAAAUUUUAAAAAAAAUAAAAAAUAUUGGAAGUGCUACUAUAGAUGCAACAAGUAAUGCUUUUGAUGGAUUGAGUUAAGGAGCUUCAUAGGUUGGAGAUACACUGGGACAAAACACUAGAAAUAUUGCAGAAAAAAAAUUAGGGGAGGAGACUUCUAAUACUUUAUUAGGAGAAACUAAAAAAUGAUUUUUUU